AUGGCUCAAUCAGUUCCACCAGGAGACAUCCAGACUCAGCCAAACGCCAAGAUUGUGAUCAACUCGUCGGCUCGCCGCAUUGGCUACGGCAUCAAGACGACGAACAUUAAGAGACUCGGAGUCGACCCGCCAUGUGGAGUGCUCGACCCGAAGGAAGCUGUCCUUCUCGCCGUCUCCUGCGACGCGUUCGCCUACGGACAAGAGGACACCAACAAUGACCGUAUCACUGUCGAGUGGACCAACACCCCCGACGGCGCCGCGAAACAAUUCCGUCGCGAAUGGUUCCAGGGCGACGGAAUGGUCCGCAGAAAGAAUUUGCCGAUCGAGUACAACCCAUAA